CGUUCAGUCCGUUCGGUGAAGUGUUUCGGUGAGGCGGUAGAAACGCGCUUUGAGUGAGUGCUUUGUAUGAGUUCAGGGCGCCUUAUCAUCGUUAUAUAUCCCCCGGGGGGCUGGCCUCCCUGUUUUGUAACACAACUAUAUAUUUCGUUUGAAGCAGAGAGGUGUUAUUAAGAGAAAAAUUGUGGCAUCUGCUUGAUCCUCGUAAACGGUUGGUUGAUGGCGGUCCACUGAGAAUCGAGCCGACUGGAAAAUUCUGGUCCAGCUCGCGGGAAACAGAAUUGAUUCAACUGGAUAAAGUCCCCGACGAAGAACAAGCCGGGUGACAACGAGGAUCAUGAAAAUGGUGUUGUCACAACGUCAGAGGGAGGAGUUAAAUAAGGCGAUUGCGGAUUAUUUAAGUACCAAUGGUUAUCAGGAUGCCCUUGAGGCAUUCAAGAGAGAAACAGACAUGCCUGGCGAGGUUGAACGAAAAUACGGUGGACUCCUUGAGAAAAAAUGGACCUCCGUUAUUCGACUGCAGAAAAAGGUAAUGGAAUUAGAGUCUAAGCUAUCCGAGGCCGAAAAGGAAUUCAUAGAGGGUGCACCAACGCGGGGAAAAAGGUUGUCGUGCGAGUGGAUACCUAGGCCACCUGAAAAACACUGUUUAACCGGACACAGAUCGCCGAUAAACAGAGUUAUUUUUCAUCCUGUAUUCAGUCUCAUUGUAUCCGCAAGUGAAGAUGCUACGAUCAAGGUAUGGGACUUCGAGAGCGGCGACUUCGAGCGUACUUUGAAAGGUCAUACAGACAGCGUGCAGGACAUCGCUUUCGAUCCAUCUGGGAAGCUUCUGGUAUCGUGCAGCGCUGACAUGUCCAUAAAGCUGUGGGAUUUUCAUCAGUCGUUUGCGUGCGUUAAGACGAUGCACGGACACGACCACAAUGUAACUUCGGUGGCGUUUGUGCCACAAGGAGAUUUGGUUGUGAGCGCAUCGCGCGACAAAACCAUCAAAAUAUGGGAAGUUGCAACGGGCUAUUGCGUCAAGACUCUUACCGGUCACAGAGAAUGGGUCAGAAUGGCGAGGGUUAGUCCGUGUGGCGAAUUAAUUGCCAGUUGCUCCAAUGAUCAAACCAUUCGAAUUUGGCAUAUGGCUACUAAAGAGAGCAAGUUCGAACUUCGAGACCACGACCACGUGGUUGAAUGCAUCACUUGGGCACCGGACAGUGCGAGAGCAGCGAUAAAUGCCGCAGCCGGAGCAGACAACAAGGGGGCUCACGCGGGUCCUUUCCUUGCUUCCGGAUCACGUGACAAAACCAUACGAGUUUGGGACGUCGGUGCCGGUGUUUGCCUCUUCACGCUUCUCGGACAUGACAAUUGGGUGCGCGGAAUCGCCUUCCAUCCCGGUGGUAAAUUUAUUGUCAGUGUUUCCGACGACAAGACCCUACGAGUUUGGGACACGCGCAACAAGCGAGCGAUGAAAACCCUCGAUGCUCACGUACAUUUUUGUACAUCUGUCGAUUUCCACAAGAGCCAUCCGUACGUAGUGACCGGAAGCGUCGAUCAGACGGUCAAGAUUUGGGAAUGUCGCUAGUCACCGAAUUUCUUUUGUCUUUUUUUCCGAGCUUUCGUCGAAAAUUCUCGGGGAAGUUUACAAAAGGAGCUAAUGAGCGAACGGGGAAAACGAAAAAAUGGGGGGAGGGGGGUGGUGAGUGCAUAAGAAUGAAAGAAUGCACGUUUGCAACGAGUGAAAGAUGGAUGAAAAAAAAAGAACAAGAAUGAGUGGAGGGAGAAGAAUCGAUCCAGACCACUUGGUCGGAUUUUAAGGCCGACAGAGUAAACUGCUACAAAAAAGCUAUCGUACAUAAUAUUAUUAUAAUGAUAAAAGAAGAACAACAGAAAAACAACACAUAAACACCUACGGUUAAGAGCUCUUUAAUUAAUUUAUAAUAAAGUAUAAUUAGUAAUUAUUGAUAUGAUAUAUCGUUUCACGAUAAUCAACUCUCUACACACACUCGAUGAUUCAUAUAACGAUUAUGAUGAGGAUACAACAAAGAAAUAAAAACAAGAGCAACAACGUUAGGGCCGAGUUUGAGCGACUUGGGGGGGGGGGGGAUAAAGAGGGGGAAAAAAUAUGAAUGAGAUAAAGAACAAAUUAUGAGGGACCAGCCGGGGAGGACUUCCCCGCGUUCUUGUCCAUCGAUCAACUCGUGAAACGUGUCCCGAAACUCGCCGAAACGAAAAAGAAUAUUAUUUUAUGAGAGAAAUAACAGAACCUUCUCGUUGCUGCAGAAACUUGCGAUUUCCGGUCGAACGACGAUCCAUAUUUCGUUUUUAAGGUCUUCGAUUUUAUCUUUUUUUUUCACUCUCGUUUUUUCCCUAUUAAUAUUGAUAAAUAUAUCAUAAUAUCACGCAUCUCGAUCAUCGUGUGGGAGGAAUAAGUGUAAAUAACGUUUUUUUCGUACGGAUUUAAGUUUUCGUCAGUUUUUUCUAUAGUUCUUAUAAUUUUUAUCUCGCACUCUCAAUUUCUUUCUCUCUCUCUCUCUUUGUUCCUCGUACUUUGUAAUUUUAAUAUCGCGUGUUAGUUUAUUUUUUGUACGAAAAAAACCGGGCUCAAAUUCUGGCCUACGCGCCUUGGCCGCAGUGGUCACCACGAGAUAUAAAUUAUCGAAGCGAUAUAAUGAUCGAAAAAUAGAAAAAACGAAAAGAAAAGAAAAAAACAAAUAAAAUGAAAAAAAAACUCGUUACAAGUCCUCCUCGUGCUGCUAAGUCUGCGGAAUGUUUCGAGAUCGAAAGAAAAUUUGAAAAACGAAAAAAAAAAUACAUUUUUGCUUCGAAGCCUUUAAAAUGUUGCUCUCCUCAAUUAUUUUCUUUUAAUUUAUUGAGUAUUUGCAUUUCUUGUUUUUUCUUUUAAGGUGAUGGAUCACACGAUAAAAUGUGUGAUCAAAACGAGAACUCGAAACGGGCUACUGCAGAAUACCGACAGACGUCGCGGCACUCGUCUUCCAUCAGGUUUCAAGGUUACGCAAUGGGUGCAUAAGAAAAACCUGAUGGACGACGUUUGUCAGGUGUGGGUGUGUGGUGCAUGACAGCCACUCGCUUUGAAAGACAAAUUACGUGCGCUAUGUGCAAACGCAAAAACAUUAUAUAUAUAUUGUGUAUACAUAUGUAUAUGCAAAUUCGACUGCAAUGGUAUUUUUUUCCCAACAAAUCGAACUCUCGAGCAGUAAAGACUGCUGGGUUCUCGCUUGAAAAAGCGGUAAGAAUAAAUAAACAAUUUGUAAUGUUCAUACGAAAGAACGAUAGUUCUUCGUACAUCUCCAACGAUUUUCAUCGCUGGGUGGUUUAAUGAGAAUUGAACUCUCCAGCAGUGAAAAUCACUGGAUUCUCGCUUAAAAAAGCGGCAGACAUCGAUAAACAGUCAAAUUGAGAAAUAAGAAAAUUUACUAGAAUUAUUGCAAAUUUCGCAUCUUCGUUCGUUGUUUUUUUUCUCCAGUUAUUUUUUUUUCACUUUCGCUCUAUCUUCUCCAAAAUUUCGAUAUCCACAUGCUCGCAGCGAGUCCUAGGGCUUCGCCACACCGGAUUCCAGGGCUUUGACGUGUCCACCGAUGUACCUUUUGACAUCGAGCACGUUCCUCUGUAUAUUUUGUCCUUUAUUCUUCAGCACUACACUUUUUCCAAAACACUACACUGCAAACCACUGCACAACAAGACUUUCCGUCAAGUGACGUACACGUGAAAGUCACUUUUUCUUAUGCUUCUUCGUUUGUCUUUUCAGAAACUGAUGGUCGCGCACAUUUCGAUGAACCAAUGUUGAUAAUUUUUUUCAAUAAAUUUUCAAAAGCUUCUUACUACUUCAUUUUAUGAUCGAUUUUGAUGCAACAGGGCUCAAAAUGUGUUUUUUAUUUCUGACGGGCUGAAAUUCGCCAAAUUACGAUUCGAUGAAUUCUACAAUUACUUAGAUGGUAAUAUGAAAUGCGAAAAAAAUCAAAAUUUCAAAAAACCCUCGUGUCAGCCUAAUUGUGUCACAAUACUGUAUUCACAGUCCAAAUUUCAACACAAUCGGUUGAACAGUGCGGCAGGAAUCAGCUUUCGAAAUUUCAAUCUGCAUAUACCGACUGAUCCAUCACCUUAAAGGUCAAUAAAUAUUGGAAACAGAAUUUGAAACAACAUUCGUUGAAACAACAGGAAUUUUGAAGUUCUAGACACUUGAAAUUUUCGUGGGUGCAAAUUUGUACCUGUGUGGUGUCUACGGGUUAAAAACGAAAUGCAAUCUAUGUUUUUGCUCCGAAAAGUCGGAAUAAGCUGUAAAUAUUUUAAGUUUUGUCUGAGAAGCUCGGACUUUGGUGUAUCGUUGAUUUUUACGAUCACCGAACGUUCAAAUCAUUUUUAUUAACUCUGCGAUCGUUGAAAAUGAUUAAAAUUGAGAAGAAAAGAGUGAUUUUCAAUUUUUCACGCCGUUGCUUAAUUCAUUUAUCAACCUAUUAUGGGCGCAAUCGAAUAACAAGCGAAUGCGAUAUAUUCUCGAUAAAACGUUGCAUUGGUUAAACGUGCAAAUUUUAAUUGAAUUAUUUGCGAUCGACGUGUUAUAUUUGUCGUUUAAUUGAACAAAUACCGCGCAAGAAUAAAGAUUCUGAAAUUCGAGGAUAGCCCGCGCAACAUCGAGUAGAGUUGCAAAAAAUAAUUUUUAAAUUCAUAAAUAUUGGAUCCUUCCGAAUUAUAUUCAAUGUAAUUCGUAUCACGUUUUUUCAUAAAAAAAAAAAUAAUGAAACAAACGAUUAGCUCACGAUUUUUUCUUCUGGUUUAUUUUUAUUUUUUUUUUAUGCGAACGAGAGCUCUCGCAUGGGGGCAAUAAAAAUGUAGUUACAUAACCUGCCUACCCGUUGAAAGGAGGGAGGUUGAAUGAAAAAAAAAAAAAACCCUCCAACACAGAAAGGAAGAAUUGAACUAAUAGUUAGCGAUGUAGCACAGUCUUUAACCUUAGAAAUUGUGAAGAUAUAGGAUUAAAUAAACAAAGCCACAGUU